AUGCCCAACCUGCACGGCAGCAUCCUCUUCCUCACCUGCAUCACCGUGCAGCGCUACAUGGGCAUUUGCUAUCCCUUCAGUGUGCGGUCCAACCACGGUGGCUGUAGGAUGGCGUGGCGUAUUUGUGGAGGGGUGUGGCUGGUGGUCGCCAUCCUUUGCGCUCCGACCCUUCACUUUGUUUCAACGGGAGUCCAACGCAACCGCACGGUGUGCUACGAUUUAAGCACGCCAGCUCGCUCGGCGGAUUACUACCCCUACGGCAUGGCUCUGACGUUCAUCGGCUUCCUGCUGCCGUUCCUGGGUGUGAUCAUGUGCUACUGCCGGAUGGCCCUGGUCCUCUGUCAUCGCACGUCCUCCCAGAGUGUGUCCAAGGUGUUGGUGGAGAAACGGGACAGGGCUGUGAAGAUGAUCGUCGUUGUGACGGUGGUGUUUUGUAUAAGCUUCCUGCCGUUCCACCUGACUAAAACCAUCUACCUGCUGGUGCGCAGCUUGCCCGCUACGCCCUGUGAAACGAGGAACUUGUUUUCAAUCAUCUUUAAAAGCACGAGGCCGUUCGCCAGCAUGAACAGCAUUCUGGACCCCAUCCUGUUUUACUUCACUCGACCAAAGUACAGAGAGUCUAUCAGGCGGUCUAUGGUCAGCACCAGCGCCAUCAAAAGGAAGAGCCCUUCUAGUUGAGCAGAGCGUGCUGGUCGUACUGUUUCAGUGUUACUGGACUGAUGCUGGGACUAAGACUGUCCCUGUUUGUGAGUGGAUUUUCAACAGGUUUACUUUUAUCAUAAACUGACACCGAGACUUCUUCCUGCAGUCAGUAGAGACGUUGAG